GUUGCUGCCCUCCUCCCCAUCCUGUUCUAGGGUGGAAGCCCCAGACAUCAGAAGGGGGAUGGGGUGGGGAGGCAGGAACUGGAGGCUCCGAUUUUGGCAGCUUGCUGAGUACUUUGAUGACCAAAUGCAAGGAAGAAAUACGCUUUUCCUGGACCCAGUGCUCUGAAAAUGCAAAAACGCCUUGAAAUGUGUCCUGAUUCAAGGCACUCAUUGGCUCUGCCAACCUGUACAGUGUACUGGCAGAAAGGGGAGAGAGGGAAUACCAUCCUGAGUUGGUUAAAGGAGAUUUGUGCGAAGACAUGGGGUGCCAGUGGGCAGGGUGCCCACUCAGGAAGGAAAAAGGAGGAGGAGGGAGUUUAGACCAAGGACACUUCUAUCGGACAACUCCAUUCCAGGAUCCGAUCCUAGGCAAGGCUCCAAAAAGCUGUUGCCCACCCCCCUCAAACUUUUGUGGAUAAACAGAAGAGCUGGUCCAGUUCUCACUGUGGUCCCCUUGGCCAUGGAUCAGGUGCAGCCCCCCUUGACUGUGACCCCUGAUCCCAGGCUCUUUAAUCAGCAACUCCCAGAACCUCCUGAACCACAAUGUGUCUUGGAGCCUCGAGACAACCCUGAGCUAGUUCCAGCUCUGGCCUGUGCUCUUUGCUGUUUCUUCGGAGUCAUCUACUGCUGUUUCGGCUAUCGAUGCUUCAAGGCAGUGAUGUUCCUGUCCGGGCUGCUUUCAGGAGCCCUGGUAAUCUUCUUGCUUUGCCACAAAGAACGGGUGCUGGAGACACAACUGAGCCUGGAGGUGAGCGCAGGCAUCGCGCUGGGCAUUGGCCUCCUCUGUGGGCUGGUCACAAUGCUGGUCCGAAGUGUGGGGCUCUUCCUGACUGGCCUCCUGCUUGGCUUGACCCUGGGAGCAGGUGCCUUACUGGGCACUGAACCCUUCUACCAACCACCCUCAGCCUGGGUACCAACAGGGGGCCUGGUGGGACUGGCACUUCUAGGUGCCCUACUUACCCUACGCUGGCCCCGACCUUUCACCGUGUUAGGCACGGCCCUCCUGGGAGCAGCCGUACUGGUGGGCUGUGCUGACUACUUCCUGGAGGGGCUGGCACUAGGUGGGCGUCUGGGUCAGCGACUUCAGGCCUUACCUGCCCUGCCCCCACUCUGCUGGUACAGCUGGGCCCUGCUGGGUGCCUGGCCUGCCCUGGGGGCACUUGGAGCCCUUGCUCAGUGGAGACUCACAGCGGAGGGCCACAGAGCCCACAAUGAUGGGGUCUUGAGUCAUCGACUGAAGAGCCUUCAGCUCCUUAGGAUACGUCAGCAGGAGGCCAAGUGGCAGCAGAAUUCUGGGGCAGCAGCCAGUGAGGGCAGUUACCGUCGCCAGGUCCCACACCGAGCCCGGAGCCCAGCUGACAGCCUGGCACCAAGUUAUCUCCAGAGUCUCCGGGAUCGACAGCUGGGACCAAGCACUACGGGUACUCCCCACCAUGCCAUCCUGGACCUAGACUCUGACUGUGGUUCCACCGUGCCCCUCACUACACCCCCUCGCUCCAGCCAAACCUGAGCCUCUAUACACAUAGGCGUGCGCGCGCGCGCGCGCGCGCACACACACACACACACACACACACACACUCAUUCACUCACUUGUGCCUUAGAGAGAAGGGUCAGAGCACCAGGUGGGCAAUGCUUGGGCAGAAGAGGUAGAAUUUUCCACUGAUAAACAUACACAGAAAUACACAUUCUCCCUUCCCAUCCCCAGCUGUUAGUCUGGGGGUAGAGGGAGAGGGCAUGAAAUGUGGUCUAGCCCAGCCCUGAGGGAGAAUGUGCCAGGGUGGAGCUGGGGACAGCUGGAGGGAGAUUGAAGGAGGAAGGGGGUGGAAGAACUGAAUUUUUACCUCUGCUCAAACUACAGAGAUAGCUUUAUAUUUCUGGAAUUCUCUGUCAUCCCUAAAACUCAGCACUCCUGCCCAACCAUGACACCAAGCCUGGAAGGACCCUUCUCCUUUCUACAACAUGACCUCCUUUUGUACGUCCCAAAUCCUGCGCCUCAAAAUGGGAAAAUGGGGUUAGGGUUUUUGAAGAUCCUAUGAAAAAUCAGGGAAUUUCUAAAGACAGAACCCCCUUCUGGGAAGAAGGGAAAGGCUCCCUUUUAGGUGCCCCUGACUCCUCGAGUCCCAGGUUAAUGGGUUAUGACACUAAGUAUUCCUUUUUCCCACAUACUUCCAGUGCCUGAGCCCCAUCCCUACCUCAUUUGGGGGCUCUGUCCUCCCUGGUGCUUCCCCCUUUCCCUCCUUUCAGGCUUGUGGCGUAUGCUGGGGCAGAAUCUACUCAGCCUCUGCCCCUUGCGGUGAAGAGAAGAGGGCAACUCUGGGGAGAGCUACAGGGAGUAUAAGGGUGGCCAAAUGGAGACUGACAGAUGCCAACACCUCUGCCUCUCAGCCCUGUAGGACACUAACAUUCUAACCUGGCCUCCUCUCCAGUCACUAACCCUGUGCUAAUAUCUCCAGCCCUAGUGUCCAUAACCCCCUUCCAUUGGCGUAAAGAAAUACAAAUGGAUGCCAAGGCAGAGGGAGGGGAGAUAUUGAUGGUAUGUAAAUAAAAUGGCAUUGAAGAUUAAACCAUGUGCUCCAGACUUGUCCUAUUUCCUCAUUUUUCUCUUUUUUGAUGGAAUCACUUCCAACUCGAUUCAACAGAUUUACUAUGUCAAUUAUGUGCAAGGCACAAGGCACUGACCUAAAGGAAAAACAAUUGCUCCCUAGAGACCUGAGAUUUUGUUUGUAUAGGGAAUUCCUUCGAUUAAUGCAGAUAAGCAGCCCAC